AUCGAAUAUGAAAUCAGAAAUUAGAGAGGACUACCUUCGGAUUUUUGUACCACUAUGUGCCGCAAAUUUCUGUUUAUUUUUUUCUAUUGUUAUGUGUACAUACACGGCUAGUGAAUAUGGGCAUGAUACAUUUUGGAACCUGAAAUUUCCCAACAGAACAGCGUCCAACAGUACAGACAAAUCUUUGUGCGAUACAAACACAUCUUCUCAAGGAUACAAGGAUGAGCAAAUUGUACAAAAGACUGUGGCGAGGUGGAAUGUGUACAUAUCGAUAGCACAGGGAGUUCCUCUUGUCCUCUCCAGCGUUAUAUUUUCACCACUUAGUGACUCUAUUGGACGAAGACCAUUUCUGUUUCUGGGAUCAUUUGGUGCCGGCAUCAAACAGCUCUUAAUGACUUUAGCCAUUGUUUUUCAAUGGAACGUGUACCUUUUCAUACCAUUCACAUUGAUUGAGGGCCUUUGUGGAAGCUGGGUUGCUCAACUUGCAGUCGCAAUGUCUGUUGUCUCAGAUCUGACAACAGCAGGAAAGUCUAGAUCGUAUUUGAUUGCAGUGUUUAGUUUCGUAUUUGGAGUCGGAUUUUCGCUUGGAACGUUUGUUUCUGGUUACGUUGUUAUGCUUUUGGGGUAUGACUACUCUAUGGCAGUAUCAUCUGGAAUGUCUGCCGUGGCAUUUAUUAUUGCAUAUUUUAUCCCAGAAACGAUAUCUGUUCAACAAAGGCAAUCUAGCAGGUUUAGUUGCAUGGGAAAUUUCAAAAACAUUUUAAGAUUUUAUCUGAAAAAUGACCCUGAUGAUCUGUCCUCAACUCGCUGGAAGUAUAACACUGCAAUCUUGUCGUUCAUUUUUAUAAUGAUGUCUAAGCUCGGGAUUUUUGCAGUUGAAACAUUUUAUCUUUUGAAUUCACCAUUUUGCUUUAACCCAGAGACAAUAAGUAUAUUUGAAACGGCUAAAACUUGUCUAUCGGAGAUUAUUAUUUUAGUGGGUAUUAGAUUAAUGCAGCAGUAUCUUCCAGACGAAACCAUUGCUUUAUUUGGAACAAUAUCUUCAAUAGGUUAUUGUGUAUUGUUUGGAAUGGCAUCAUCAAACAUUUAUCUAUAUAUAGGAGCAGCUGUCGGAACCAUGGGGAUGAGCUCUAUUCCGAUGAUUAGAGGAGUUAUGUCAAAGAUGACCCCACCCCAUAAGCAAGGUACUUUGUUCGGCAGUCUAGCCAUAGUGGAGAAUAUUUGUAACCUGACCGGUUCUGUCCUAGGUGGCGCUAUCUACUCAGAAACCGUAUCUUUCUACAGAGGAACGGUGUAUCUUGUGUUUGCUGGGUUUGCGUUCUUGGCUCUGAUACUUUUAAUAUUCCUGAUGAAAGACUCUAGAAGGGUUUACAUACAGAAAGAAAACACUAUAAAAUGUACAACGAAUUAGACCUCAGGAAAGAAAUUGUCU